CCGUCAGAGGUGAAGCUGGAACUUUCAGUUUUCCGACGUUUUCUCCAAAUGAAAGAUGUUUGAUUCCUCAGUAAACAAUGAAGACGAUCCUGGAGAUGAUUCAGAUUUAUAUAUACUCUGUUUUUUAGUUUAUUUAUACACAUUUUAAUUACAGCUUUAAUGGAUCCAGUUCCGUAAACGAUUUUUAGGCGUUGUGUUCAUUAUGGGGAAAAAAUAAUAAUUUUCAUACUCUCUUCACACUAUAUCAGGCCGUGAUUUUCACUUGGUCCAAAUAAAACAGUUAAUUUGGUCCUUAGUGUUUAAAAAAAAACUCAUGUUGAAGUAAAAAUAAAAUUUGUUGAAGGUUUAAAAUAAACUUCUCAGUAAACCAAAACAAUGAGGCGCUCUGCACGACUGAGCACUUCAGUUUUAAUCUAAUUAAAAUGCUUUACACAUUAAACAUCUCAGGAACACUGCAGUUCCUCAGCUACACUGCAAAAUAUUAUAUCUUUACACGUGAGAAGGUAUCAUGAAGAAAGAAAAGGUUAUCAGAUAUUUCUCAUUAUUAGAUUAUUAUAUAGAACUUAAGCCUAUCUGUAAACACGUUUUCAAGCUUAACAUAAUUUUGCUUCUUUCUAGAAAUAAACACUAGAAAUAAGUGAAAUGAUCUGCCAACAGACUUUCAAGCUUGAAAUGAGGAAAAAUAUUACAAGAGUCCUUGGUGAAGUUUCCUUUAAAGCUGGUUCAGGAGCAGAGCUGUGUGAUGGUGAACCUUGGCGUCGGUGGGUGAUGUGAAGAGACGAAGCUGCCCGAGUGUGUCUCUGAGUGUGUGUGUGUGAGGGAGGUGUGGUGGCGAUGAAGCUAAACGAGCGGAGCGUGGUGCACUACGCCACCUGUGGCGUUCCCCCGGAUAAAUCGGGCUUCCUGAUGAAGAAGAGCGAGCGCAGCGGGACGUUCCACCGCCGCUGGUGCGUUCUGAAAGCCAACCUGCUGUUCCUGUUCGAGGAGCGCGGGAGGCGCGAGCCGCUGGGGCUGGUGGUGCUGGAGGGCUGCACGGUGGAGCUGUGUGAGAGCGAGCGCGUCGACUUCGCCUUCGCCAUACGCUUCGGCCCGAGCCACACGCACACGCUCGCCGCCGACACGCAGGCCGAGAUGGAGGACUGGGCCAAGGCGUUAGCGCGCGCUAGCUUCCAGUACCUGCGCCUGGUGGUGCGCGAGCUCGAGAAGCAGCUGGAGGAGGCGCAGAAGAGGCACGAGGACGGAGCAGUGGGAGGUGGAGGAGAAGGUGCAGCGUUCUGUCCUGAUCCAUCCGGCAGAACGAACGGAAUUUCCUGGGAUGAACCCGCACAAACCGAAGAGCUCGGAAUUCUGGGAAGAGAGAACAGCGUCUCCUGGAGCAAACCCACGGGUGCUAACGAGGUGGCCUGGGAGGGCGAGUGCGGCGCGAGGGGCCGGCCUCCACCCGUUCCUCCACGCAGGAAGAGCCCCCCCGAGGUGGGCGUGUCUCACGGGGAGGUGGGCGUGUCUCCCGGGACCACCUGCUUCUCCAAGCUGCACGACUGGUACGGAAAGGAAGUGGCUCAGAUCCGCAGCGAGUGGCUGCAGAGUCAGUAGCCGGAGCGUGUGUUAGAGCCGGCGCGAUAAUCAGAUACACGAUACGUCGCGAUACUCAACACCGUCCUGUCACCGCGGUUACGAUAACACCGAACCCUGAACGAGACGCAGACGAGUGUGUGACGCUUUAACACCAGCACCUGAGUCUGCUGAGACGAGGAGCCGAGCGUACGGAAUUAACGUGCUUCAGUCUCUCCGUGUCUAAUCCAACUUCCUCUGUAGUAUUUUUAGACAAAUUCCUAAAUACAGGAAUAAAGACGAUGGAUGAAAAGGAGAAGUACUAAAGUAAAAGUCUGAUAAACCUGCACAUUCACCAUAGAAACACCUUUUUCACACAUAAAACUGGAGCUGAAGUGCUGUAGACGGAGGAACAGGAGCUCCACGCUGCCAGAUCACCAGGAAGUUACUGAAUAAUCGUUAUAAUGUGUGAAUAAUCUCUCAGCAGAUUGUCUUCUCCUUAAAGAGUUCCGAGUUAACGAUGUGGUCUCGGUGCUUCACCAUCCUGCCUUCCUCUUCCUCUUCUUCCUCUUCCUCUUCUUCCUCUUCCUCUUCUUCUUCUUCCUCUUCUUCUUCUACUCUGACUCGUACCAUGAGUUUUAUGACCUUGUUUUUUUUACUCAGUGUGUUUAAUCUCGUAUCAUGUUUAAUCGCAUGCUUUUAUACCUACGCAGGUGACUGAUACAUUUUAUACGUUUUUUUUAAUGUUUAUAACGAUACUAAAGGUGAUUUUAAGGUGCAUCUUUAAACAGGAAGUGAGGAGCAAAAGUCCGGACAAAGUGCCAUUAUUUCAGUGCCUUUUAUUUCACUGUGUUUUUCCACCGUACAGUAAAAGAAAUGCAGGAACUUUCGGUACUCAGAAGGGGUUCAGCUGGAGCAGCACUGAUACGAUACGCAGCUAUACAUAACAGUCAGGUGUGUUUACGUUCUCACUGGUAAUCCAGUCGCUCUCUGAUUUCACACUUACAGUUACAUGGACAGUUACAUGGACGGUUGUAGUGUUAUGGAUUGGGAUUAAAGUCGGUGUGUAAACCUCACACUGCAGCGUCGUUUAGCGGCUUUAAAGAAAUCUGUAACAGCAGCGUGGAGACGAUUUUACCUCUAAACAGUCGAGAUGUAUGGAAUUAAAUCUGUGCCAGAAGUACUGAAAGUAAUUUUUCAACAACAGAAAAUAUACAGUGAGAAAGAAGAAAAACUCUCUGAACUGAAAACUCAGGGGCAAAACUUUAACAUGGUCUUCUAAUAAACAGCGUUCUCUUUAUUAACAGUUUUCUAAACUUCCUUUUCGCUAAUCAUGGUUUACGCAUGGUUUCUGGCAGAAACCUCUCGUGUGGGCGGGGCUUAACAGCGAUUUCCUCUCAUUGGUCAGUGAAUUUUAAGUAUCUGCUCAAACUCUUGACAUCGCUACGGGAUAAAAAUUACAUCACCAUGGACAUGACUGACACAUGACUUUAUUUUAUUCAAAUAAACAAUUUAAACCAAAAAGAACAAACACACAUCAAUACCACUGUGCAAAUAUGCGCAAAAUUAUACUUAACUUCAAAUAAAAGCGCUGUAUCAUACAUUAAUACGAUAACUAGUCAUGCCAUGUAAAUGUAAACAAACAUAAAGCGACUCACUGUUGCUAUGGUAACGUUACAUUACAUGCUGCGCUACAAGGAAUUCAAAAAAUGUUUAGAAUGUUUUCAGCAAAUAUUCGUUACACAAUUGUAGCGAAUUUGUACGUUUUUAUCUCCAAUAUCUGAUUCAGCGUUAUUACUCCGCUAGUAAAAAAUGUAAAAAGUAAAAAGGUGUCACUGCUCGCAGCGAGGUAACGAUUGCGUAACUCCUGUAGCUUCCCGUUAUCCGAUUAAUAAAGUGCACGUAAACACAUUAAUGCUGAGAUCUGAUUUGGUUUGCAGUGAUCAGAUUAACGUUCUUUUAAAAUGGCCGCUCUGUCAGAAUGAUUAGAUGUGUGCUGCUCCACCAAUCAGUGAUGAUCAGUGCUUUUAGCUCCGCCCCCUGAGAACUGUUAGUUACCCUCAGUGAGAUAAGAUCCAGCUGGAAAGUUCUGCUCCUUUGUGCGGUGGAAAUAAAGGUUUAUUUGAGUUGCAUUAAUAAUAAUAAUAACGUGUGUUUAACGCUGUAGUCGUGUGUGAGAGUGACGUUAGCGAGCUGAAGCUGGUCUUUAGCAGAACGUAGUCGUUAGGAUCGUGAUAGAAUCGUCGAGUGUGCGCGUGCCGAGUACAGCGUUAACACACGGGGGGGGGGUUAGAUACGAGAGUAAUGUUUUCUUUAUAGAUUUCUUCAUAGAAAUCGUCUCCAUGGUUACGUUUAGCUAGCUAGUUAGCUAGCGCUGCUAGUCAGCUUACUCCUCUCUAAAAGAGUUAACUCUGUUUUAAUUUUCUGUCCAGUGAGACACAUGAACACAUUUUAUGCAGAAUAAAGAACACGGUGCUCGACAUGGUGUCUAAAAAACGAAACAAACAGAAAAACAGAGGACCUGUUGCACUUUUUCACUUUGGGAGAAACAUUUAUACGGAUGUUUUACAGAGACUGCGGCUCUGCGUACGAGCUCAACAGUAUCCGAUUCUGUGUUUUAUAGUGUAAUAAUCUAUAUCCGUGUAUUCUACUACAUCAUUUACGUUUACAUUUAUUCAUUUAACUAACGCUUUUUGUCCAAAUUCACUACAGCUGAGGCAGAGGAGAGGAACAAAACACUCCAUUUUAGGAAAAUAAUCCACACCUGGAGUGACUGUUUCCACCCGGAAGUUACUUUCCUAGAGCAGCACAACACGGAGUGUUUUAUUCCUCUUACACCACAGCAGUUUGCCAACAACCACAAUCUUUAUCUACUAAAGAACCACACGUUUAAGUUACGUUUCGUUUUUCUACAAAAGCAGUUUUCCAUUUACGUUAUAGCAGCUACAGACAGUCUUUAUUCUCUCUCCUGAAUUUAAUCUGACUGUUACAAAGUGCUCGAACUGGAGACUCCUUCCAUCAGUGCUAAAUAAAUAUCUCCUUUCUUUAAGAAAACUUCACCACAUCAGCGUGCGCUGUUCACGUCCCUGUGAAGGAGCUGUUACUAUAGAAACGAUAACGUAUCAGAGCGAGAGCAUUAAUAUAAACCUGCGCUACAGUCAGAGCUGCUGUUUUAGAAAACUAAUCAACACCUUCUGACCAAUCAGAGAGCAGAAUUCAGCAGCGCUGUGGCGUAACACUGUUAUAAUGAUUAUAAAGAGUUCACAGACAAACUUGUGAUCACUACACAACCCUGAACACGGUACUGAACUUUCAGCAGGUUAACCACUAAUGAUUUCAGAUAAGACCUAGAUAAGUGUGUGUGUGUGUGUGUGUGUGUGUGUGCGUGUGUGUGUGUGUGCGUGUGUGUGUGUGCGUGCGCGCAGUGAGAAGUCAUUAAUGCAGUUGAUUACUGAACUCUGGAGAUGUACAGAAUGUUCGGCAAUGAAAUAGGCAUCUCUCUCUCUCUCUCACACACACACACACACACACUCUCUCUCUCUCUCUCUCUCUCACACACACACACACACACACUCUCUCUCUCUCUCUCACACACACACUCUCACACACUCUCUCUCUCUCUCUCUCUCUCUCCCUCUCUCUCACACACGCACACUCUCUCUCUCUCUCUCUC